UUCACGAGUGAACACAAGAAAAAGAUAGUGCCAGAAUUAGUAUUCGUUGUUGACCACGUGCCGAGAUUCGAACCUUUCAUUCUUCGUGUUUCAAAAAUGCAUUUGAAAGUGAAUUUAAUCGCAGCUGCUUGUGAGGGUAUGGGUAUCGGUGUAAAUGGGGCCUUACCAUGGAAACUUAAGAAUGAAAUGGAAUUUUUCACAUCUAUGACUACGAAAACAAAAAAUAAAAGCAAGAAGAACGUAGUUCUCAUGGGACGGAGGACAUGGGAAUGUAUACCAAACAAAUACAGGCCGUUACGAAAUCGUGUAAAUAUGGUCCUAUCGUCACAAUCUUUGAAUUACAACGAUGGAGCAAUUGUAUGCAAAAGUAUUCCGCACGCACUCGAGAUUAUUUUGCAACCACCACUGAAAGAUCAGAUUGAGAAUAUAUGGGUAAUAGGAGGGAGUUCUGUGUACAAGGCUGCAAUGGAGUCUCCUAACUUUUAUCGGUUGUAUCUAACGAGAAUAAAAAAACAUUACGACUGCGAUACUUUCUUCCCGUCGAUUCCAAAUGACAUUGUCUUGAAGCAAGAUUGCAACAUUCCACAAGGUGUACAAGAAGAAAACGGUAUACAGUUUGUAUACGAGGUAUAUGAGAAAGAGUAGAUGGACGAUUUUAGUACUA